GCCCUUUUGUCGAUGGAGGACGCGUGGGGCAUCUUCACAGAGCGUUUGCAAAUUAAUGUCAUUUGAUUUCUUUCCGUCUGCGAGUAUCGGUUGCCCCCCCCCACGCACCUCCACGCUAACGUUAGCUCGCUAGCUAACUUGCUGCUAGCAGCUGGUGGAAAUGUAGCUUCCUGUCGCUUUUUCUUCUUCUCUGAUCCUGAACCAGCCCGUCAGCGUCUGCGUGUUAACCGAGUGGCUCCUUGUCCCGUAGUGUCACCCCUGCCCGGGUGCCAUGGUCCUCUGUUACACAUGAGCUCUACUAUGUGGUACAUCAUGCAAAGCAUUCAAAGUAAAUACUCUUUGUCUGAGCGGCUGAUCCGCACCAUCGCAGCCAUCCGCUCGUUCCCACACGACAACGUGGAGGAUCUCAUUCGCAAGGGAGCUGAUGUGAACCGGAUGCAUGGCACACUCAAGCCCCUGCAUUGUGCAUGUAUGGUUGCUGAUGCUGACUGUGUCGAGCUGCUGUUGGAGAAGGGGGCAGAGGUGAAUGCUUUGGAUGGAUACAACCGCACAGCACUGCACUAUGCAGCGGAGAAAGAUGAGAGCUGUGUGGAGCUGCUCUUGGAGUAUGGGGCCCAGCCAAAUGCCCUGGACGGCAACAAGGACACUCCACUUCACUGGGCCGCCUUCAAAGAUAACCCAGAGUGUGUGAGGGCCCUGUUAGAGAGCGGGGCCUGUCCCAAUGUCCGGGACUACAACAAUGACACUCCUUUGAGUUGGGCAGCAAUGAAGGGCAAUCUGGAAAGUGUCAAAGUGCUCUUAGACUAUGGAGCCCAGGUCCAUGUGACCAACCUGAAGGGCCAGACCCCUAUCUCCCGACUCGUGGCCCUGUUGGCCCGGGGCCUGGGCACCGAACAGGAGGAGGAGUGCCUUGAGCUGCUGGGCCGGGCAGCAGGGCGAUUUGAGAUCAGACGGGCUGACGGCACCCUUCCCAUGGAGCUGAGUAAAGAUCCCCAGCUGCUGGCGAAGCUGACCAACAUGGUGGCUCAGGCUCCCACGCUGCGCUCUCUGGCGCGCUGUGCUGUCCGGCAGAGUCUUGGAGUGCAGUUCCUCCCAACUGCUGUAAAAGAGCUUCCUUUACCAGAGACUAUCAAAGACUAUCUUCUGCUGAGAGACUGAGGUGAUGAAACCACUGAAUGAUCAUUAGUCAACUAAUCACACUUUUAUUGGCCUGGAAGUGUCUCCAUUUAAUUAUAGGCUAGUGGCCGACAGUGGCCCUCGUUUAUUAAACCUUCUUGCAAAUAAGUACAGAUUUAUGCAUCCAGAGAGAUGAACAAAGCUUUUUUAAUUUUUUUUAAUCAUGUGGUGUACAGCAUCUAUGUGAGCUUCAGCUGUCGGGGCACACCACCCAUGCAUUAUCUUCAUGUUGUUAUAUAACUCCUGGCCUGGUAAAAUAAUCUUGGUGCAACAAAAUAUUCUCAGCCCACUUCGUAUGCAGUGCAAAAUGAAACAGUAACUUCAGGCUAAUUGUCGUGAUGAUGGGCAUCAUCAUAGGAAUCUGACCUACAUGAAGCUUAAUGUUCCCACAGAGACAUUGCGUCCUUGAAAUUUCAAGUAGGGCUAUUAAUUUUUGUGUGUGCAGAAUUCACACUUAUUGAAUAUUAAUUUUUAAAACUUAAAUGUGAGGGGAAAAAAGAGAAUGUCACAGAGGGUGAGGGAAAACUUAAUGAAUGGGGGCUCAUGUUUAAUGAUACAGGCUGUCCAGUAAUCCAGUCAGAGGAUGCAGCCCCUAAAGUAGUGCUCAGGAGCAAAUGUCCAGUAGAUUGUUUGAUAGUUGGAGAGGCCAUCUUUGUCUCAGUGAUGCCCCAGGAAACUCCUUUUGCAAUACCAAUAAUUGCAGAAUGGACACUUACCUUGUCUCCAUCUUGUUCUUUAAAAAUCAUCACUGCUAAACGUGAUGUGAACAUGCCUGCUGUCAUGUGAUUUAGCAUUUAUUAGGGCUCUGUUUUAUUAAAGGGUGCGGUUGCAGUUGCCAAGAAGAAAUAAAAUGUUUUUGCUUUCUUUAAUAAUAUGGAAUCUGUCUUAACUUGCUAAAGUUUUGGGUUUCAAGGGUUUGCAACAUAUGUUUAAAUCUUAUUUUAAAUUAAAUAUUUAAAUGUUAAAACCAUGGAAGGGCAUGGUAACGAAGUUUUUGUCGUUGGAAGAGUCACUAAAUGAGCUUGUAAAAUGUAUUUAAGUUUGUUAUGGUAGCUGUCUUAACUUUCUGUGCUUGAUUUUGUUUGCUUGUUCUGCAGAUAUGGAAAAAUGAAACCCCCUAGAUCAUGUCUUGUGUACACCUGCAAAAGUGCUUUUUUCUUUGUCAACGUAAUGAAAGUAAAUGCCUUUAUAGUCCAUA